AUGCCAUAUCAGGCAGUUGAGGAAGUAAAGAACAAGACGAGUUCAUGGAGUUUGGAGUGUCUGGUGAACUCGGCACUUACUCGUAUCAGUGCUGUGAGUAUACGAGCACGUCUCUGGAGUAUGAGAUUGUGUAUAGAUCAUGAUCGCUAUUGUGUGUUUUCUUCUCGUGGAUUACCGGAGAAGGAUUCUCUGUAUUGUAGAAAUGCUUUGUGCAUUCCUUGUGUUUUCUUCUCGUGGAUUACCGGAGAAAGAUUCUUUGUUUUGUACUCUGCUUUGUGCAAGAUGCCACCUAGAAGAGAUACCUCGAGAGGACAACAAAUAGUGAUGGAUAGGGAGACUUUCUUGGACAUGGUUAGGGAAGUUGCGAAUCAACAAAGACAGAACCCUGGCGCUAAUAAUGUGCCAAAUCAAGAAGGUCAAACUAUGUUCGACAGUUUUAUGAAGCAAAGGCCUAACUGUUUCAAGGAAGCCAAACACCCUAUGGAUGCUGAGGCUUGGAUCGAUCACAUGGAGAAGAUAUUUCGUGUACUAAAUUGUUCUGAGGAAGAAAAAGCUCGCUUUGGUGUUUACCGUCUGGAAGGGGAUGCUGGCACAUGGUGGAAAUCAGUGGUGGCUUCCCAUCCGGCUGGAUAUGAGGACACUCUCACCUGGAAUGUGUUUAAGGCGCAAUUUGAUCAGAGAUAUUUUCCUGCUAGUGUUCGUGAGGAGUAUGCUCGAGAAUAUCAGAGUAUAGCUCAGGGAGAAGACGAGUCAGUAGCCGAUUUUCAGGUUCGAUUUCAGAGAUUGGCUGGUUAUGCCCGAUCUAUUGUUGGGAACGAGCAAGAUAAAAUUAUGAAGUUUAAAUGGGCUUUGAAGGAUUCUGUACGCAACCAUAUCAUUUCUAAUCGCUACGCUACUAUGGAUAGUUUGGUGGACAGUGCUAGGGAUCAGGAGCUUCAUCAGGUUGACUGUGCCAAACGUCUUGAGGUUCAGAAUCAGAAAAGAAAGAGAGGUGAUGACACAACCAAGGAAACACAAGAUUUUCAGAAAAACGGAGAAUCUUCAGAUGUAUUCACGCAGACUGAUCGUAGAUACAACACUCGAAAUUUUUAUCAGGGUAAAGGGAACCAAGAAAAAGGACAAAAUGGAUCAUCUAACAAGUAUCAGGGUGAAGAAAAAUCUCGUUGUAGGCAUUGUGGGAAGACCCAUGGCGGAAGUACAUGUCAUUGGACUACUGGCGCUUGUUUUAGAUGCGGAAAACAAGGCCACACUAUUCGAGACUGCAAGAAAUCGUUUAAUCAGCGCGAUGAUCAAGAUGGACAGAUGAAAAAGAAUGCUAUAAAUGAAUAAGAUCAAGGGCAUUAAUUUGGCGGACUGUUUCGGAUUUGUGUUAGUGCUAGAGUUCGCUAUUUUCGAGGUAAUCAGGGGUUAGCGGGACUUGAGAUGAGUGCUACCCAAAUUAGUUUGUUAGAUUAUUUAACAAAUUUCAGGACUUGGUUUAGAUGAAUUUAAACUCUUAUUAGUGUCAUUUGGAGACUUCCGAACUACUUUUAGACAUUGAUAUUAUUAUUUUUAUUUCUCAGUUUUUGGUUAAUAUCGUUCAUGUUUGAUUUCGGUAAUUCAUUGUUAAAUAAUAGCCUGAAAA